CCCCUCUCAUCCGAAAGUCGACUCGAGAUGAUGGUGGAAAAUGAUUGAAAAGGUCGAAGGCAAAAAUGCGAGUGUACGGUUGCAGUGAAAUUGUGUUGAAAUAAUCGUAACAAUUUGUGAAUAACUAACUUAACAAUCUUGCCAACUCAUUGAACUACGUGGUGGAGUUGAAAGUGCAUGUGAAUUUCGCGGAUUUUGUGCAUUUCGAAGGACGGAAAGUUUUUGGUGAAAUUGGAACAACAAUAGGGUGGCAGCUGGCCUCCAUAUAUAAGAAGCUAAGAAGCAGCAGUACAAUAAUACGCAAUCUCACGACGGCGGAAGAGUAGAGGGGAUUUUCUUUUAUUGUACACGAAUUCAGGCCACCGACCAGCCUUGGGGGUGAAGGAAAAAGUUGAUCAGCUGGAAACUGGUGGCUUUGAAGCACUAUGAGCGAUAAUUGGAUCGGCAAAUCGGUUUCGAUCCAGUGCCGGGAGGACAUUGGAGUUUUCCAGGGCGUCAUAAAACAGGUCAGCCCCGCAGAGAUUGUGAUAACGAAAGCCGUGCGAAAUGGCAUUCCAUUGAAGAAAACCACCGUUGAGGUCACAUUUACCUGUAAAGACAUCGAGCGACUGGAACUGAUUGCCAGCUCGAAUGUUCCGAAUCUGUUUCCGGUGAAGCAGCAGCCGCAAGUGUCAAACCAGUUGGACCAAUCCGUUGUGAAUGGGUUUGAUAGCUUAAAACUAGGAAAGGCGAAUGGAAACCCCGGUAGGAACAAAACUCCUCCAAAUGGAAAGCUGUCGGCGAAAUCUCCGGGACCGAACAAGUACGGAAAUGGCCAACAGCAGAGGAAUGGGUUUGAGAAUGGGUCAGCCAAGAGUACAAGUCGUCCGAUUGAAAUCAACGGAACAGGAGGAGGACCCUCCUCGCAGAAAGCGGGGAACAAUUCUUUUGCCCCGUACAAAAAUGACCCCCAGAAGAAGAAGCCCCGCAAUGGGAACGGAAAUGGAAACGGGGGGAACAACAGGUAUGCCAAUAAGAAUUCCGCAUUCGGCACUCCGGUGGACGAUCCGAUGAUGGACGAGGAGUUCGAUUUCGAAAAGAACCUGGCCCUGUUCGACAAACAGGCCAUAUGGGACGAGAUUGAUGCCAUUCAGCAGAAGCCGGAUUUACUCCGUCAGACAAAUUCCGCUGCCAACAGGAAGUACCGCCAUGACGAAAAUGUCCUCGCAUCCGAACCGACCCAGUAUCGGCAGAUCGAGCUGGAAACCUUAGUCGUAGAAACGGCCGUCGCCGGCGGUGGUUCCACCCAGGAAUACGUAACGGACGAAGGCCUGGUCAUCCCUUCGAUCCCACGCACCACCAGGAACCUCAUCCAGCAACUAGCGGAAAACCACGGCCUGGCGAUGGAGCGGCAAAAUGAUCUCCUGGCGCGAGGUGCCACCGAAAUAGCACUGCAACUGCUCGGAGGGUCACGGCGGCUGACGCCGAACAAUCAGCACCAGUGGCCCAAGAUUGUGAUCGUCUGUGAUGAACCGUUCAAUGCAAGACUGAGCGAGAUUGGAAUUGCCACAGGCCGGCUGCUGGCCUGCCACGGCCUCAAGGUGGUCGUUUACGUGUCCUGUGCGACCAACUCGACGCGAACCAGCCACGAGCUGGAACUGUACGCGGCCACCGGGAAUCUCUUCACGUUUAAUGUUAAUAAGCUUCCAUCUUCGGACCUGGUCAUUGCGGCCAUCAAAUCGCACCGCCCAGCCGAACCCCUACGUAAGUGGCUCUCGGAGAGCCGUGCUCCGGUGUUGGUGAUUGAUCCGCCAGCCGGAGGACUCGACUCCAUUUCGGCCAAAUGCUCAAUUCUGCCCAUCUUGCCGCUGAACGAUCUCGGCCCGGAGAGUGCCACCGGUCGGUUGUACCUGUGCAGCCUGGGCAUUCCGGACAAGUUCUUCACCGAUUCGGGCAUCAAGUACAAAUCACCCUUCGACAAAGCAGUCAUUCCGAUCCACCGGCGAAAGGAUUAACCCGGUCCGGGUCGCCGGUACCGUCAUCCAUCAUCAUAAUCAUCAACCACAAGCCAAAUGAAGAAAGCGAGAGAAGUGUUGGAGAUAUCGCGCGCGGAAGCAUUUUAAAACUGUGUCUCUUUGUGUGACGCAAAGGAACAACGGCAGAGCGCGAUCUGUCUGGGACGGAUGUUUUUAGAGAUUUUACCUUUUUAUUUUGUGGACGAGUUCCCAAGCGGAACAGCAGAAGAGACAGCAAAGUACGAAACGAGAGAUGGAAGAAGCUGCCAACGGAGGCAGUUUCUUAAGGAGGCGUUUACUGUUCGGACGUGCCGUUUGAUAUUGUUGCAGUACUGGUUCUCCGGUAGGGGAAUCCCACAGCAGACGACAAAACGGAUAUUGCAAUAAAUCCUACGGAGAAAGGUUAUAUAUAAACGCCGGGAAAGAGAAAA